AUGACAAGUUUGACAAAAUCUUUCAGUGGUGGUUCAGAUGUGAUGGGAGGAUGUGUUAUUGUUAAUCCACAAUCCGUUCAUUUCGAUACAAUCUACGACGCUCUCUUAUCGGAGUGGGAAGACAAUUAUUUUCCAGCUGAUGCAAUGACACUGUCCAAAAACUGCACCGAUGUCGUUUCUCGUGUCCAAAAGUCAAGCUCUAGUGCCGAAGCAAUCGCCAAUUUUAUGAACAAACACCACGCUGUUGAGCGAGUCAACUACCCUUCUUUGGUUGAGAGCCGUGAUUUCUACGAACAGGCGAAGAGGAAAGAUGGAGGCUAUGGCUUCCUUCUUAGUGUUAUUUUCCAUAAGCCCACUGCUGCCAUUGAAUUUUACGACAAUUUUCAUGUGGCCAAGGGGCCUAGUCUUGGAACCAAUUUCACUUUGGCGAUCCCCUACGCUUUUUUAGCACAUUUCAGAGAGUUGGAUUGGGCAGCCAGCUAUGAUGUGCCGAGGCACAUUGUCAGGAUCAGUGUUGGGCUAGAAGAUGCGGAUGAAUUGUUGAAGGUUGUCGAGCAAGCGCUGGGUUGUAUCUCAGCAGAAUCCACACUGUCAGGAGAAUGA